CACUUCACCAUGGGAAGCAUGAAGGUGCAUCAGUUCGCACGUGGAUUCUGGGAGCACGAACCCUCCCUCACGCUUGGGUGCAAGCGCUUACGCCCUCUUGCUCCCAAGCUUCCCAACACCUCCGACAACACCACUCCUUCUGUUCCUUUCGAUCUCAAGAGCUUCAUCAGACCAGAAAGUGGCCCCAGAAAACUCUUAUCCUCUGACGAUAAUAAGAAAGAUCCACCUUCACCCCAGGGCCAGGUGGAAACGCAUCCAGGAGGGACACGGUGGAAUCCGACGCAAGAACAAAUAGGCAUACUGGAGAUGCUAUACAGAGGAGGGAUGCGAACUCCAAAUGCUCAACAGAUAGAGCAGAUCACAGCUCAGCUUAGCAAGUACGGUAAGAUCGAAGGUAAAAACGUGUUCUAUUGGUUUCAAAACCACAAAGCACGAGAGAGACAAAAGCAGAAGCGCAACACCCUUGGCCUUUCUCAUAGUCCUCGAACUCCCACAAUUCAUAGUAUAACUAAUUUGGAAACGACAAGGGGGGAAGUAAUAGAAAGAGAAGAGGAAGAUAGUCCGUACAAGAAGUGUAGGAGAUGGGGAUUUGAGUGCUCGGAAGAACAAAGCGUGUUAUCUUGUGAAGAGGAGGAGGAACAUAGAACUCUGGAGCUAUUUCCAUUGCACCCUGAAGGAAGAUGAAGGGGGGUUUGAACAUUUAUCCAUCAAUUUGCUUUGCUUUUGUUCCGAAUCCCAGCUGAUUUAAUGAAUGUGCUUUAAUUUGCUUUACUUUUUCUUCUUUCUUUGUAUUGGGAAAGAAGAAAGACAAAGUUGUCUCUGCUCUGUACUC